AUGACCCCUGCAGAAAAAAGUUGGCCAAAAAUUCCACACACGCACUGCACAAAGUCUACACAGUCGGACAUCAAUCGAAUUAUGGCGGACCAAGCAACAGAAGAAGAUAUCCUAUUAGCCAAGCGCAUCAUCUCUGCAGCGGAGCGUCACGAUGUCCCUGCGCUGAAAAUCUUAUUGAAGGAGGGCUCAGCCAAUGUUCAAGACCCGACCGCGACAGUCGCAACAUCACCACUUCACGCUGCAAUUGCUAGCUGUGGAAAGGCCGAGGAGGGAAAGGAAGUUUGUGAUGAUGCAGUUCAGACUGUUGAGUUGCUACUGCAGAAUGGUGCCAUUUGGAACGACUUGAACAAGGAAGAUGAAACUCCAGGUUGCGUUGCGCUACGCCUAGGCCAAAAGAAAAUCUACGACAUCAUGGUCGAAGCGGGUGUUCGCGCUGAGAUUCUGUUUGCAAAGAUGGAGGCAUUGGGUCUUGGAGACAACGAGGCCGAAGAAGAAGAAGACGAGGGUGACGAAGAGAUCACCGAGGAGCAACCAGCAGCCAAGAAGCAAAAAGUUUCUGAAGACGAGGCAAAACCUAUCCAGGAGACCGAGAACCAGCAGGUGCUCGACGAUGUGUCUUUGGACAACCAUGCCUAUCUGAAAAGUCAAUUGCGAUACAAGCCUGGUAUUCUUCUGGACGAGAGUGACAACGCAGUCAUGAUGGACUGGGAAACGCAAAUCAUGCAACGCCACGCCGAGACUCUUAUCCCCAAAAAGGGACUUCGAACCAUGAAUGUCGGUCACGGCAUGGGCAUCGUGGACACAGCCAUUUUGACACAUGAGCCGUCUGAGCACCACAUUGUGGAGGCUCAUCCUCAAGUCCACCAAAGACUUCGGGAGCAGGGAUGGUACGAUAAGCCAAACGUUCACAUCCACGAAGGGCGAUGGCAGGACGUGCUGCCCAAGUUGGUCGAGCAGGGCGUCGUUCUCGACGCAAUUUACUAUGAUACCUUUGCCGAGGACUACAAGGCGCUCAAGGAGUUCUUUGCUGAGUAUGUGAUUCAAUUGCUUGCAAAGGAUGGCAGGUUUGGAUGGUACAACGGUCUUGGUGCGGAUAGGCAGAUUUGCUACGACGUCUAUACUAAGGUGAGUCUUGAUGCGAGAAAAAGUGUGGGAUGCAAACUGACUGCAGGUUAG